GGUCCCAUGAAACAGUGCUGCCGCCGCUCCUGGCUCCACUCCGGAGAGAUGACUAGUGCAGCAUGUUGUGCGGUGCGCUAGUGCCUGCCCGGGAAUCACACAUAGUGAGAGAAGAGGAAUCUGCUGCCUCCCAGCCUGCCUGAUUCAGUGGAGUUAUAAUUUGAAGCUUCUGGUUGAAGCAGAAAUCUGUUCUGUAAUGCAGGACGGCCAACUGCCGGAGGCUGUUGCAGACGCCAUGGCAUCAUCGGAAACGGCAGAAGAUGGACCAGCUCCUGCAUCGGCUUUACCGCACAACAUCUCGGAUGCUGAUGCUUUCCGGAUCCUUUGGGAGAUGAAAAUGAAGAAAAGACAGAAAUGCCCAUCCCUUCCAGAAACGGUCACUGAACUGAGUACCGAGGAUGGAAGUAAAGUGUACAUCGUGGGCACGGCUCACUUCAGCGACAGCAGUAAGCAAGAUGUGGUAAAGACCAUACAAGAAGUUCAGCCGGAUGUGGUGGUUGUUGAACUGUGUCAGUACAGAGUGUCCAUGUUAAAGAUGGAUGAAGAGACUUUACUCAAAGAAGCCAAAGAGAUAAACCUGGAAAAACUCCAUCAAGCUAUUAAACAGAAUGGAGUCAUGUCGGGCCUUAUGCAAAUGCUUCUACUCAAGGUGUCUGCUCACAUCACUGAACAGCUAGGAAUGGCUCCUGGUGGGGAGUUCAGGGAGGCUUUCAAAGAGGCCAGCAAAGUGCCUUUCUGCAAAUUUCACCUUGGAGACAGACCGAUUCCAGUAACAUUCAAGAGAGCCAUUGCUGCACUUUCCUUCUGGCAGAAAGUCAAGCUUGCCUGGGGCCUGUGCUCAUUAUCCGACCCAAUCAGCGAGGAUGACGUGGAGAAGUGUAAACAGAAGGAUUUGUUGGAGCAGAUGAUGGCCGAAAUGAUUGGUGAAUUUCCGGAUCUCCACCGCACUAUCGUCUCCGAGAGAGAUAUUUAUCUCACCUACAUGUUGAAGCAAGCGGCUAGAAAAACUGAACUACCUCGUGCCUCCGAAUCUGAGCCUAGAAAAAGUGUCCCAUCUAUUGUUGUUGGAGUUGUCGGGAUGGGACAUGUACCUGGUAUUGAGAAGAACUGGAAUACUGAUGUAAAUAUACAAGAAAUCAUGAGCGUGCCUCCUCCCUCCACACUGAACAGGAUUAUUACAUUCACGGCAAAGGUGACAUUUUUUGGACUUUUCGGUUACGGAUGUUUUUGUGUUAGUAAAAGGACUGUCCGGUUUAUCCUCUCGGUGCCAGCCACACGGUAUUGCCUUCAAAGACUGAACCAAAUGAGAACCUGGAAUUUUUAGAUUGCAGCUCACGGAUGCUCGUUCUUCUUUCUACGCUAUGAAUGACGCCGCCUGCCCUGGGUUCAUAAUCCAACAAAUCUCAGAGAAACAGCAAUGUCCUCUGGAUAAGUGGCAGCUACUGUACGUUCUGUAGAAGCUGUAUUGCUCUGAGGGUAAGAGCCUUGAAUCUAGGGGAGAUUUGACCCUAAAAAGGGGUCUGUUGCCCAUAGCAACCAAUCCAUGGUACAGCUUUUGUUUCUUCUCGUGCUUUUGAGACAUGAAAGCUGCGCUGUGAUUGGUUGCUAUGACCUUUUCUUGUAGACCGCUGCAUAAAUCUUAAUAGUGUCUCAAAGACAAAACUGUAAUUAUGAUAUAGAAAACAAAUCCUAUCUGGUCAUUACCGAGGGCUAUUCCUUUUUUUAAAAACUAGGUCACAAAUGGCUUUUUAUGGUGCAGUGCUUCCACCGUUCUUUACCAGAACCAUGUCAUCCAUGACUGUAUGGAGUAACCCCACCGUUUAUACGUCCGCUUUAUAACUAGACCUAUGGCACAGGCACAUGAGCUGAAUUUAGUCAGUCAGGGAUGUCCAGCAGAUUAUUCUUCACAUGUACUAUAAAGUGUGUCCACCUGUCACCACAUUUUAUCUUAAUAUGUAAUACGCCCAG